UGGAUUGCGGAAGUAUAUGCCUAUCCUGGGGGCCUGCCCCCACACCGCACAAAUGUUCUUCCGGACUUCACGUCGGGUCCUCCCGCAGCCCCCGGCACCCGGAAGCCAGCGCAACCGUGACGUGGCGUCAUGAAUGUGUUUGAAUGUUCUGUGUGUGUUAAAUAAAAGGGUACUUGUAAAUCCCGGUGUCAGUCCUGUUUUUGUCCAUUGCCUGUGGUAACGGGCAGCCGCACCGUUACACCACAACUUGACCAAAGGCCAACACUCAAACAGAUUCGGUGCCGGAGAUGCGGCCUCUCUACAACGCAGACUGGGCCUUAAAGCGGUACACGCGUCACUUCAGAAACGUCAGUUUGACAGUGGAUUUUGAUACAGCAUGCUACAAAAGUUAACUUCCGCGAUGCAUUUCCAGGAGUGGUUCCGCUCCGUCCAGGCGGGCGGCCCCGGGGCCAAGGCGGAGUGGGAGGACGUCUGGCGUCUGCUCCCCUCCUUCCCGCUGUCGUCGUUCUCCCUGUCGUCGCUGUCGCCCUGCUCGCUGGUGGGCCUGGGCGCCCUGGCCUCCCUCACCGCCUACUGGCUGGCCACCCGGCCGCGCCCCACCCGGCCGCCCUGCGACCUGCAGGCCCAGUCGGUGGCCGUGGAGGGAGGAGAGCCGAGCUGCCGUCGCUCCGCCCUGCUGCCGGACGACGUGCUGCUGGAGUUUUACUACCAGGACACGCGGACGGCCUACGACAUGUUCCAGAGGGGCCUUCGCGUCUCUGGAGGCGGACCCUGUCUUGGUUUCCGGAAACCUGGCCAGCCCUACGAGUGGAUAGCCUAUAGUGAGGUAGCUGAGCAGGCCCAGGUGAUGGGCUCUGGACUGCUGGCCAGCGGCUGCCAGCCGAACCCCCAGCAGUUUGUUGGUAUAUUCGCCCAGAACCGACCAGAGUGGACCAUCUCAGAGCUGGCCUGCUACACGUACUCCAUGGCCGUGGUGCCUCUGUACGAAACCCUGGGGGUGGAGGCCAUGGUGCAUAUCCUCAAUCUGGCGGAGAUCUCGCUGGUGAUCUGCGACCGUGAGGAGAAGGCCGCCGCCCUGCUGGAGAACAAGGAGCAGGGCGCCACGCCCAGCCUGUCCUGCCUGGUGCUGUUCAGUGACGCCAGCGCCGCCCUGGUGGAGAGGGGGCAGCGGUGCGGCGUGGAGAUCCUGCAGCUGACCCAGAUCAUGGAACUUGGAAGACAGAACCUGCAGGAUCCGAUUCCUCCAAAGCCUGAGGACCUGGCUGUGGUCUGCUUCACCAGUGGCACCACAGGGAAGCCCAAGGGAGCCAUGAUCACCCACGGCAACAUCGCCUCCAACACGUCCUCUGUCAUUAAGAUCCUGGAGGGCUCAUUUGUGAUUGGCCAGGAGGACGUGUCCAUCUCCUACCUGCCACUAGCACACAUGUUUGAGAGGAUGAUCCAGCUCUCCAUGUUCUGCCACGGGGCCCGGGUGGGCUUCUACCAGGGGGACAUCUCCCUCCUCAUGGACGACAUCAAGACCCUGAAGCCCACUCUCUUCCCCGUCGUGCCGCGCCUCCUCAACCGCAUCUACGACAAGAUCCUGGGCUCCAUGACGUCCCCGCUGUGGCGGGCUCUGCUACGCUACGCGGUCCGCAGGAAGCAGGCGGAGCUCAGCAGCGGCGUGGUGCGCAACAACAGCUUCUGGGACAGGCUGGUGUUCAACCGGAUCCAGGCCGGUUUGGGCGGGAACCUGCGGUUCAUCCUGACGGCGUCGGCGCCCAUCUCGCCCACGGUGCUCUCCUUCCUGCGGGCCGUCCUGGGCUGCCUGAUCUUCGAAGGCUACGGCCAGACAGAGUGCACCGCCGGCUGCACCUUCUCAAUGCCGGGAGACUGGAGCGCAGGUCACGUCGGAGCUCCCCUGCCGUGUGCGAUGGUGAAGCUGGUUGAUAUCCCGGAGAUGAAUUACUUCGCCAAGAACGGCGAGGGAGAGAUCUGUAUCCGGGGCCCCAGCGUGUUCAGGGGCUACCUGAAGGACCCCGAGAGGACCCAGGAGGCGCUGGACCCUGAGGGCUGGCUUCACAGCGGGGAUGUGGGCCAGUGGCUCCCAAACGGGACGCUCCGGAUCGUCGACCGGAAAAAGCACAUCUUCAAGCUGUCCCAGGGCGAGUACAUCGCCCCGGAGAAGAUCGAGAACGUGUACAUGCGCUGCGUUGUGGUGCUGCAGGUGUUCGUCCACGGCGACAGCCUGCAGUCCCAUCUCAUAGGCAUCGCCGUCCCCGACCCGGAGGUGUUCACCGAUUGGACCAAGGAGCGAGGCUUCGUGGGCUCGUAUGAGGAGCUGUGCCAGAACCCAGAUGUGCAGAAGGCUGUGCUGGAGGACAUGACAGCUGUGGGGAAGGCAGGAGGCCUCAAGUCCUUCGAGCAGGUGAAGGCUCUGUACUUGCAUCCUGAGAUGUUCAGCGUGGCGAACGGUCUCCUGACGCCCACGCUGAAGAGCCGGCGUGUGGAUCUCCGCCGGGUCUUCCAGGAGCAGAUCACAAGGAUAUACGGCACCACGCCCGUGUAGCUCCUCCUCCCUACGGAGCUCUGCCCCCCCCCCCCGCCCCCCGCAGCCUGGCCUCUGAUUGGAGGGAGGAGAAUAGCAGCAGAGGAACGGAGUGGUUCAUUAGAAGCUCUGAACGCAGGUCUUUUCCAGUGAGACCUGGUCCAGCACCUUCAGUCACGUAGAGAUGUGUUCUAGAAGUGUCAUCGUUUCUGUAUAUUGUUGUUCCCUUAAUUUAACACUAUGGGUCUGAAUUAUUUUUGUCUGGUUUUCCACAUUUGCAGGCAUAAAUUACCUUGAAGGCCUUGGUUAAUAUUUUGGGGUAGUUUAAAUAUUACUUAACAAAGUAAUUUAUUGAGAACCGAAGGUAAAUAAGGGGAAUACUCCUAUAGGAUAGACUUUUUUUGUAACAUGGCUAUGGCAGCAAACAUUAAGUGUGUAAAGAGUUUAGCCAGUAGGUAGCUAAUCCCAACAAAAGACAAAAGAAAGUUAAUUAGUAUUAAGAGAUUGUUACUGAUGUGCUUUUAAUUUAACAAAUGACCCUACAAGUGAAGGUAAUUUGUUGUUCAAGACAUGUGUACCCAUUUUGAAAUGCUUAAAGAAUGACAGAUCA